CAAGAGGAGCUAUUUGUAUAAGCCUCCCGUGUGGACUGCUUUACCUAUCGAAGCAUCUCAGCCAUGCAUGAAGAAGAAAUAUACACCUCUCUUCAGUGGGAUAAUCCAACAGACCCUUCUCAGAGAUGUCUCACUUCCACCAAACUUUCAGGAACAUGUUGUGUUGUGAUGGCGAUUUCGUGGAUUUUCUGCUUAGGCUUGUUAGCCACAUCCAUUUUCUUGGGCAUCAAGUUUUUCCAGGUAUCCACCAUCUCAAUGCAGCAGCAAGAAAAACUCAACCACCAGGAAGGAGUAUUGUUGAACUUUACACAAUGGAAGAGCAAUCAUGACCUUCAGAUGAAAUACUGCCAAGCCUUGAUGCAAAACUCUUUCUGUUCAGUCCAAAACUGCAGCCCUUGUCCACACAAUUGGAUUCAGAAUGGAAAAAGUUGUUACCAUGUCUUUGAAAAUUGGAAAAAUUGGCACACCGGCAAAGAGGCUUGUUUAAAAGAAGGCUCCAAUCUUCUACAAAUAGACAGCAAAGAAGAAAUGGAUUUUGUCUCCAGAAACUUGCAUAAGCUCAAAGCAGGCAAUGAGUACUGGGUGAAAGUGUCUCAGGAUGGACUUCAGGCACCUUGGCUUUGGCAAGAUGACUCCUCUUCUCCCAGUGACCUGCUGCCAAUAAAGAAACCCCAAUCAACCAACCAGGUCUGCAGAUACCUCAGAGAUAAUGCCCUUUUUUCAGCUAACUGCAACUAUUGGAAAUAUUUUAUCUGUGAGAAGUAUGCAUUAAAAUCCUCUAUCUGAAAGAAAUUGCUCAAAGUGAUCUAUUACACUAGUAUUUGAAACAGGCCAUUGAAAAACCUGCCGCAAGAAGCCUAAGAGCAAAUAACAGAAGUAAACCAAAGUAUGGACUUUGAAACGAGCUCCCUGGAAAUCAACACUUAUUUCUGUAUUUUCACUUGGAAAUGUUCUUCAACAUUUUGCAGAUUUCAGUUGACAUUGUUCAAAUUGCCAAGAAAAAAAUUGAUUUGGAACCACAGAGGACAAAACCCUGAUGCACUGUGAACAAAAAGGACAUAAUUUCCUUCUCUCCCUCCCUCUUUCUUUCUUUCUUUCCUUUUCUUUCUCUUUCCUUCUCUCCUUCUCUCCUUCCUUCCCUCCCUCCUUCUUUUUUCUUUUCUUUU